AUGAUGUAUUGCGCUAGGCUUAAUAUAGGAUGGUUACUGAGAAAUAUUAUAACAAAAGGGAUUAUGUCAUCGAAAUUUGAAGAGCUUCCAGUAGAGAUGAUGCUCGAAAUAUUCCAGUAUAUUGACGCUUAUGAUUUGUAUCAUGGAUUUUAUGAUUUAACUGCACGUUUAAAUUUAGUUAUUAAUACAGCUGAUAUUAAAUUACAUAUGAUUGAUUAUAUACAUCCAGAAAUAUUUGAUUAUUAUUGUAGUAAUAUUAUAUCUCGUUUUAAACAUUGUUUAAGCUAUUUACGUGUACCAAGCGAUAAAUUAGAAAAAUUUUUAAAAUUAUUUAAUUUAAAUGAAUUUGUUUCGCUUCGUGCAUUAAUAUUGUGUGAACCAAAACAAUUAGAUGAUGAACGAAUGAUUCUAGAAAAACUAUCAAAAUUAAAACAACUAAAAUAUUUAUCAUUAAAUGGUGAUAAAUAUUUAAUUCAAUUAAAUACAAUUGACUAUUCAUUGAUUUCAUUACAAUAUUUGAAUAUUGAUUGUUGUAAAAUAAAAACUUUCUUAUUUAUACUACAAAUAAUACCUAAUAUAAAACAUAUUAGAUGUUCAUUAAGAUUAUCGGUACCACACGAACAAUAUGAGAGUAUUGGUAAAUAUGUACCAAAACUUAUUUCAUUAAAGUUCAAAUCAUAUUAUAUAAACUUUGAUACUAUUUUAUUACUAUUAUCAAAUUUAUUAGAAUUAAAAAAAUUAUCAUUUGCUGCUCACAGUUUUGAUUGUUACAAUGGUUAUAAAUGGUCUCAGUUAUUGUCAACAUUACCAUUGUUAAAAAAAUUUCAAUUCUUUAUUGAUGCAACAGUGGCAUUUGAAGAUUCAAUAGAUGAUGUUAUUCAAUCAUGGAAUAUUCUUUCACAAUGGAAUAUUCAAAUUAAUUAUAGUAACGUUUUUAUAUGUGUUUAUACAUUACCAUUUAGUCAACUAUGUUGGUUCACAACAUGUUUAUAUAAUAUGAAAACAUUGACAUUUGGAGAUCAAAAUAAAAUUAUGCUCAACGAUAAUGAUAACAUUCAACAAUUAUUUAUACGUCUUACGAAUGAUCAUAAAAUAUUGGCACGAUAUUCAAAUGUUCAAUCAGUAUAUUUUUACUUUGAAUCAAAUUUACCAGUUUCAUUACCAUCAACAUUUCUUGAAGAUCUAUCAAAAACAUUUCAAUUGUCAACCGUUCAAAGUCUAGGUAUAACUUAUAACAGAGUAGAGAAUAGUAUAACAAAGGAAUCGAAACGUUAG